AUGCGAGGCAACAAUACCUCAAUAUCACUCACGCAUGCACCAUCACCAAAUCCACUCAAGGUACACAAGCUACGCAGUAAAUCCUCUAAGCCGAAACGGGCCCCCUUUACACCGUACAAGAAGCCUCGCAAAACCCAUCCCAAAAUCUUGGGACCCAUGACGCUUCCUGAGAACGUUCGAAACUACAAAAUGACAGAGUCUUCGCUUCUCAACCUCCCCGCCGAACUUCGCCAGAUGAUUUGGGACCAUGCGCUUACAUCUCCUACUGGCUCCCUCACAUACGACACAACCAAGAAUCGAUUCGACGUCUCCUCCAUUGGUGCAGGCUUGUUGACGACCUGCCAUUGUGUGGCGUUGGAGACGCAGUACCUACCCCUACAGCUCAACAAGCUAGUAUUCGACAUUCCUACUCGAACCAAUGCCGACUUCAUGGUGUUUCUUGCUAGACUAAAUAGGCUGGAAGCUGCGCUGGGGUGGGUGCUCAAGAUCGAUGUGCGGUUCUCUAGAAAGGACGAAUUGGCGGAAACAUGA